AUGCUAAUAUACUGUUGGGAUACAGUGCCUUACCUUGUGGCAGCAAACACGGUGAACUAUGGCAAACCGUGGCGGUUGAACUGCGUUGAAGCACUGGCUGCGACUUUCAUGAUCUGUGGACACGAAGACUGGGCUGAAGAGGUGUUACAGCACUUCCGUUACGGCCAGCCGUUUCUAGAGAUCAACUCGCAGCUGUUUAAGCGGUAUGCAGCUUGUGAGACAGAAGCAGACAUCAAGGCCGCUGAGGAGAAGUGGCUGGCGAAGAUCGAGAAGGAAUACGCGGAGAACCGAGAAGGGAAAGGGCCAGACGAUAUGUGGACUACGGGGAAUACAAACAGGCAGGCCUUUCUUUCGGAUUCCGAAGACGAGGAAAAUGAGGAGGGGAACGAAGAAGGCGAUGAUGAUGACGACGAGGACGAAGAUGGGAUCCCGCGGAAUGCUCUACAGAGAGACAAUCCAUUCCCGGAGUCAGAGGAGGAAGAUGACGAUGAGGAAGAGAUGGCAGAGAUCCGGCGAAAGAUACUCAUGUCCAAGCCGUUUGCUGGCACCGCUUCUUCCCCUGACCGCGAGCCAGACGCAAAAGCGACUGGACCUGCAGUAGUACCGUCGCCAGCAGGUGUGACAGCCGCGAAAGACGCCUGCAACGAGGAGAGCGACAGCGACGAUGGCAACGAGAGCGACGCCGCCUUUGACCGCAUCAUCAACGCAACCAUCGCGACCGAUCGAACCGGCAUCAAGGCCCUCCAGCGCGAGAAACAGCGACGGGCAUGA